AUGGAAAGAAUAAAAGCUGAUAAAAUAGCAAUAUCACUUAAAGACCUAAAUGAUUGUAUUAAUGAAUAUACAAUUGUUUUUAAACUUAGAAAAAUGAAUGAAUUAAUUAUUUUAAAAUAUAAAAUAAUUAAACCAGGUACAACUGCAACAGUUUUUAAUGCUCUUAGUACAGCAACUUUUUCCAAAUUAACAAAAAAUGCAACAUAA